AGGAUUGCUGUAGUUCCUGAAAACUAUGUUACAACAGUAAAUGAAUAGCAACAUUUAAAUUCCUAAUCAGACUAAAGAAGAACAGAAUUGAUGGAACCACGUAAAAGUACCAGCAAAACUAAAAAUGAACCACUGGAUCUCCCUUUACAUUUGCAACAGCAAAUGGCAUUGGCUUCCCAAAUGGGAAUUCCACCAGGCUACAUGGACCCUUCUCUACUUGCAGCUGUCCCUGGUUUUGUCCAACCCGGAAUAAUGGAUCCUCAACAAAUGUUCAACUUGCAAGUUGCUGCUGCAGGGGGAAUACCCAUGGUUGAUCCCACCAUUGCCUUGCAGGCAUUUGGAUCUAUGGGAGGGAUACCACCAGGAGGGAUUCCCCCAGGUCUGAUGGGAGGAAACAUGGCAGCUCCAGGUGGAGCUGAAUGGUUGGCCAUGAUGCAACAAGCCCAAUUGUUUGCUGCGAUGGGAGGCACUGCUGUCCCAGGGAUGCCUCAAAUGUCUGGAGGAAAUCCUUUUCUGAACCCAAGCUUUAACCCAACUGGUGUCCCGCCCCAGAAAAGUAGGGGAGAGUCAUGGGAUUCCAAUAUGGGAUCAAAAAACUACCCAAGCCGUUCUCCGCAACAAGGAAAAUCUGGAGGUUCUCGUCCGAGCAGCACAGCAUCCAGCUCACGUAUGACACCCAGUGGUAUUUCUCCAUCUGUUUCGACCCCUUCGAGAUCAAAACGACAAAAAUAUCAACCAAAUCAGACUUCAUCUUCAGAUUCAGUUUCUAAGGUUAUUUCAAAUCAGCAUGAAGCAUUGGAACAAAAAAGAGUGCAAACAGAGCAAAUAAUGCAGGCGGAGUUAAUGCGACAAUUUGAGCAGCAAUUUCUUCUUCAACAACUUCAACUACAACAACAGCAAGAUCAAAUACAAGCUGCGUUACAAGCGUUGAAAAAUCCCACUAAUCUGCCUGGCAAAUCUUCCCAAUCUGAGAAGAUACAACAACAGUUAUCUAGAUCAAUAUAUGAACAACUGGUGUCGCCAAACAGGGGGAACUCUCAACCAGGCACAUCUAGUCAACAACUUCCAACUUUGGAAAUGUUGAUGUCACUCGGACAGUUACCACUUCCCACCGUUCCAAGUUCUGAAAACCGGAAAUCCACAAAUCAACGGCCGCAGUCAUCCAACCGUAACUACACUCCUCCCCUGUCUAUCACAUCUCUAUCACCACCAAGUGUUAGACCGAGCAGUCAAAGUAACGAGCGAAGAUCGAGAGACACCCCAACUGGUGACUCCUCAAAACAUAGAAAUCAUACACCUGGAAAUUCAAAUCCAAAUGAUCCAAAUAGUUCUGCAUUUCUGGCAGCUUUAUACAAUAGCAUGCAGAAUCCACCUGAAACCAGUAUACCAAAGCCCCAAGAAAAUACUCUCACCCCAAUAUCAAAGUUAAACAUGAAUUUAGAUCCAUUAGCAAACAAUGCUUAUGCUGAUGAAACAAAAGAAAUAUCUCAACAUCGAAGAAAGCAGUCAAACCCAAUGGCAUCAAUGAAUUUUGAUGUAAACUCAGCUGCCGGCAUAGCAAAAGAUGUUGGCUCUUCUGAAAAACCUCUUAAACUGUAUGAAGAUCAGCUCAGUUUGCUGAAAGCUGAGAAAACGGUAUCUGCGAAAGUUAAAACUGAAAAGGGUGAUACUUCUGCUUUCGAUCUAUCGGUUCGAAAAGAAAUAAAGAAACCAGAAAAGUUCAAGGUUUCAGAUGCAGAACCAGAAACUUCAAGCAAAAUAGUUGAUCAUCCCGAUGUGAAGAACAAAGAGCUUCUCGCUGCAAUGCAGCUCAUGGCUUCAUUUAAGCCAGACUCCAAAAACGGAGAAAAUGUGAGUCGAGAUAUUACAGAGGAAUCAUUUAAAAAAUUACUCAGUGGUGGUCAAGGGGGAGACUUGAAUAAAAUAAAUGACAUGCUUACUGCCACUGUAGCAGCUGAAAUGCACAGACUUCAGGUUCACCAAAUGAAUCUGCAAAUGGAGCUGAAAAUGUUAGGACAAAAUGGAUCAAAAUCAACACAGAAUCAUUCUUCUAAUAAGAUGCAUAUCGAAAAUCCUGCAGAAAAUAAUCCAGGCUCGUCUAAAAGUAUGAAUAACCAUGAAAGUUUGAGAGACGCAGAUUUUGAUAAGUUAAGAAAACAUUCUGUUGAUGACGAUUUUAACAAACCAAUAAACGAAGGAUGGAAACGUGAAAUUCGUAUCAAAUAUUCCGGAUCUGAAUGGCAAGGAGAUGUUGUUUAUGUAAAUCAAGAAACUAAGAAGCUUAGAUGUUUGGCAGACGUGUCCAAGUACUUGGAAGAAACUGGAGGUCAUGGUUUAUCAAUAAAUAACUUUUCUUUUAAUCCAAAACUUCGAAUUGGAACUUAUUAUGAACAGAAAGAUAGAAGCACAAGACAUUGGUCAAGAAUCAGUGGAUCUGAGAUUGAAAGCCGAAUUGCGAUGUUGGACACAAAUAAUGUGAACAAGACCUCAUCAAACACCUUGAGUAGAAUAUUUGAAGUGGCCAAAGAAAGAAGAAAAGCAAAGUCAAGUCGCGGUUCAUUGCUUCCCAAUCGAACAGAAUCCGUGAAACGAUCAAUCGAGGAAAGAUUGUGCAAAGAAGCGGAAGACCGUGCUCUUAAACAAGCUGCAGAGUUGAAGGAUCAGCAAGAAAAAAUUCAGAACAAACUUCUUAGACAACAAGAAAGACACCAGAAGCUUGAUCAACAAAGAAUUGAGCGUGAAAUACGGGAACGACAGUUACUGGAGGAGAAACAAAAACAAGAAGCUAAUCGCCAACUUAAAUACCAAGAGGCUCUACAGAAAGCCAAGGAACGAGAAAUUCAAAGACAACAGGCAUUGCUUUUUAAACAACAAGAGAGAGAGCAGCGAAAACAGCAUCUGAUUUUUCUCAAAGCUUUGGAUUCCAAGAGAAGAUUAGAAGAGAGGGAUCGAAGGAGGGAGGAAAUGAGAAAUGAAAAGAUUUACAUUCGGGAAAAACGGAUGGAACAAAGAAGGCUUGCAAAUAAAUUGGCGAAGGAGCUGAAGAGGCCAGUGGAGGAUAUGUGUCUCAAGAAUAACAAGCCUUUGCCCAUAUUACAACCAUUACAAGGGACUUUGAAGGAGAAAGACACAAAACGGUGGAGUCAACUGGAUGGGAAAGCCACAGCAGAUGUGUUGAUGGUGUUGGAGUUCUUACAUACUUUCAAAGAUGCUAUCUUGAUUGACGAAUCUGUCAUCCCAACGUUUGAACAGCUACAACGAAGUUUGCUUAAUGAUCCGGAACAUACAGGGUCACUGGUACAGCUGACAAUGGCAUUGUUACAUCAAUGUUUAUGCGAUCCAGGGGUGCCAGCCCCAGGCCCAUGGCUUCAUUGUAUGACUGGAAUGAAAGUUACAGACGUCGAUGUCAGCAAAGGAAAUUAUUCUGAAAUUCUCCGACUUUUUAUCUGGGCAAGAAAAGGCUUUAAAUGCGAGACCUCGAAAAUUUUGGACACAGUACCAUUCCUUGCAUUAAAAGCGGAGCAGAAGGCGGAAAUUUUGGCUUAUCUUGUGAACGAGCUGGUUUGUAGUCGACCAGUGUGUGCUGAGAUUGAGAAACAUCUUGAAAAUCUUGCAACGUUACGACGAGACAAGUGGAUUGUGGAGGGAAAAAUACGACAAGCAAGGAUUGAGCAUGCUAAUGAUGGCAGUGAUACCUCAACUAAUUCUCCGAUGAAACAACGAUUGAAAAUUAAAGUUGGAAACACUGAAAAAGAUGACGACGAAAGAGAUUCUGUUAAAGGAGACAAUGACUCGAAUCCUGAUGGCACCGAAUCAAAACCAACAUGUCGCAGUGAUACAGCUAUUCAAAGAAAAAUGAAGGAACUAACAAAGGAACAUCAAUCUUUUAAUGAACUAUUGUUCACAAGUUCGAAACCAUUACGAGGGUUGGACCUCGGUCAAGAUCGAUACCGGCGACGAUAUUGGGCUCUCUCCAACCUUGGAGGGGUUUAUGUUGAAUCUCUUGAGAGUGGGAGGUUCAGUGAUGGAGAUGAUGAUGAUGAUAAAGAGGAUGAGACCAAGGAUGGUGAGAAAUGUGAAGAAAAUAUGGAAGUGAUUUCCCAAACCAAGUCUUCAGAUCUGGAUUCCCAAAAUGAAAAUAUUGUUUCUGAAAAACCUACAGAAUCAAGUUUAGAAAAUAUCUGUGAAAAUAAAACUGAUGAAACUUGUCAAAAUAAGCAAAACUCUGUCUCCAUAGAUGAGAAAAAAGUGUUGGAAAACUCAAGUAAAAAUGAGAAUGAAAGUGUUUUAAACACCAACAAAACAGAAAAUACUGAACAGUCUGAACAUUUGGUACAACCUACUUUGUCGGUGGAAGAAUGUGAGCAGAAAAAUAAAGUGGUUGUGGAACAAGAAACUGAACCAACACAAAAUUUGGUCAAUGAUGUUGUUUUAAAAGCAGAAAACAAUAAAAUGAAUAAGGACCCUUCAUGUGAUGUCACAAAUACAAAAUCCCCAACAAGCAUUGAAAUCAAUGACAAUAAUGGUUUUAUCACACCAACAACUGAUCAUUGCUCUUCAAUAUCAACCUUCGAAUUGAAUCAAGGAAAUCCACCCAUUGACAACAAUAAAUCAACAGAUCCACAACUUGCGCAACAAUCUUCAAAAAAUGAAACAAAUUCAACUCAAAAUAAACAACCAACAAAUCCUGAAGCUGGUUUGCUGAUGCAGGAAAAUUCACAUUAUGACAUGAUAAAUACCAAAGCAGAACCUUAUCUCAAUGAACAGGCAAUAGUGACAACCAAUGUUGAAAACAAUAAAAGAUUUCCAGAACCAGGGAAUCCUGUUGUGGAGACAGAAGACUCUGUAGUAGCCGCAGCGAAAGCAAUCGCAGCAAAGGCUGUUGCUUCAUCUUCCCAUCUGUUGUUUCCACGUUCAAAAGAAAAUAUGUCUCAAUCUAAUUACCAAAGCAAGCCACCUGUAAAAGAGGAAGACAAAACUGAAGCUCAAAACACCAACCAAGACGUUGGAUGUAAAGAGAAUGAAUUAGGAGAGCACACUGCUAAAGCUUUAUUAAGCAUGGGCAUCAACCCAACUUCAUUGAGUCAAAAGCAAUUGGAAGCCCUAUCACAUAACAGAGAUGAAAAUCUUGAUAAAAAAGUAAAUGAGACACAAGUAAAUGAAGAUAUACAAAAGAAUGAUGAAAAGCCACCAACAGCGCCCAAGAGCGAAACCUCUCCACAAGACAACGAGGCAAAACCAGCGAACCAGGAAAAUAAAGAAGAAGAAUUACCGAUGGAUUUAUCGAAGCCGAUGCCGACACAAAUUAACUUCCAAACCAAACAACCUGUUCCAAAUGCAUUCAUACCACCCCUACCAUUCAAUAUUACAGGCAAACCUACACCAUCCCAACUAACAGAGAUGUCCAAUUUCUUCAUCCAUGGAAUGAACUAUCCUCUUAAUCUUCUUGAACGAAGCCUCACUCCAAAGUCGGAUGAAAUGAAGACGGAAUUUAUUAUUCCUCCCGGUGCAAUGGACCAUGUUAUUCCAUCACAAGAUAUCAGAGAAAAGCCACUCCCCAUUCCUAAAGAAACAAAGUUUGGAUGGUGGAGGAUCACAGAAGAGCAAGAAUUUGACUCCUUGGUUGAUGCUUUACAUCCACGAGGAACAAGAGAGAAAUAUCUUCAUAGGAUGGUUGUGAAACACCGGAAAUUCUGCAUUGAAUCAAUGGAAGUGGCGACUAAAUCUGAAUUUUGUUUUGCAAACGGACCAAAGCCAGCUCGCACUUCUGAUGGUGAAACUGAAGAGAAAGAGAACUCUGUGAACGGUGAUGCAGAAAAAGAUGAUGGUGAACAGAAAGAUAUAAAAGAAGACGAAGCUGUGGUCUUGGAAGAAAAUGAUGACAUCACGGAAGAUAUUUUAGAAAAUCCUGUGGAAACUGCUUUCCAGAUUGAGAUGGAAACUUUAAAGCAAGUUGAAGAGUUAUCUGAUCGUUGUGUUGCAGUUGGGGUGCUUAACAUGGCAUGGUCCAGUUUGCCAAAGGCAAGUUUUACACGGAAAGAUUUAGCUCAUAUUCCUUACGUGCCCAAUGGAGAUGCAAUGAAGCACGACGCGACAAACCCAGUCGAGCAUGACCCGGAAAGCGUUUUAUGUGUAACGGUUGACUUGCUUCGAAAACUGGAACUUGCGAUUCCAAGAUCUUACCUGAAGCCACCACUUGUAAGAAAAGGGGGCGCUACAGAGUUUAGUAAUCUACCAUCGUUGUCUGAAUCAGGAGCUACAGAUGUGGCCGCAGGUCUUCGAACUUGGAGGAAUGCUGUUUCCAUGGCAACAAGUGCUGCACAAAUCGCCAUGUGUGUCACCAUGCUUGAAACAUGCAUUGCAUGGGAACGCACACCUAGGGGUUCAAUCAAAACUGAGAUGAGUCCAAAAGUGAAGAAAAAGCGUUCGGACAAAAGAUCUGCUGCCAAAGCGCAGUUGCCCAGCAACUCUAUGCCUGGAUCUAAGAAAAAGAGGAAGUCACCGGAAUUCAUUUCGGACACGGGCAGUGAGAUAGGAGGCUGUAACUCUGACAUGACAGUUGACGCAAAUGUCAUUUUAAGAGAGAAACAACCUCCUGUGUCACCUAAGCAAAAAAGAAAAAGAUCUCUGAAUGAGUUCGAUUCAAUCCUUGAUGACACUCAUGAUGGUGAGAACUCGUAUCCUUGCAGUGAUGUAGAAGGAGAAGUUUCUCGGAAUGGAAUUAACGAUUCUGACAGAGCCGGGGGAUCUGGGGAGGGAUCGGUUGAUGGACAAUCGGAAAACUGUGAUGUCGUAAAGAAAAAGAAAAAAAAGGCAAAGAAGAAGGCAAAAGACGAGGGUGAUAAGGAUAAGAAGAAAAAGCGGAAACAUACAGCUGCCUGCCGGGAAAUUCUGCGCAAACUUCAGGCUCAUGAGAUGGCAACGUGGUUUUUAUUCCCAGUAGAUCCCAAAGUAGUUCCUAACUAUAGGAAAGUUAUUAAGAAACCAAUUGAUUUUAGUACAAUCGAAAAUCGACUUAAAAAAGGAAGAUACAAAACUGCUGAAGGAUUUAUGAAUGAAAUUCUCAUGGUUUUUGAUAACUGCCGGUUGUUCAAUGAAGAUGAUUCUCCUAUUGGUCGAGCCGGUCAUGCGUUACGAUCAUAUUUUGACGAACGUUGGGCUGAACUCGUGCGUGACAAUGUUGACUUUGAGUCUGAAGUUUAAUCUCUAUUGCCAUCAAGUGACAGGAUUUUUGGCUACAUGAUGUUUAUGCUGCUUUGCAGAAUUUCAAUACGUAGAAAUGUUAUGUACGAAGCACUGACUUGCUAAAGUUAUAAGAAAAGUUUCAUAUCCAUUUUUAUGUGUUGCAAUUGUUUUACCUCAUUCCAAAUAUAGUGUAGUGACCAGUCUAUUUUUCAAGCCUGAAAUAUUUUCUCGCGGUUAUUUUUUUGCCAAUAAUGAAUUGUAUUAUUUUUGUCCGAUUUGUUUUAUUAUUUUUUUGAUGAUCAUAGAAAGCUAUUGUAAGCAAUCUAUGGUGACCACGUUAUAAAGUUUAUGGUUCUGCCAGUGAAACUUGAAAACAAUGAAAUUGCUUUAUUUUCUUCCUAAUAAAAUUGAAGCCAAUGGUUUUUAGUUUUCUAAAGCUAAAAAAAAACUUUUUUUGGUGAAAUUUAAGUCGCAGUAAGUUCUUCACUGUCCAAUUUGUUUUUUUUUGUGGAAUGCUUAUGUGUAUGUUGCUGCCCAAUAUAAACAUGCUCUGUGUUUCAA